GCCCCGGAGCGGCGCCCGGCUCCGAGAGCGGCCCCGCGGGGGCCGGCUCGGGGAGCAGCGGGGCUCCCAGCCCCCCGGGGGAGGAGUCCCGCAGCCUGGACUCGCUGGAGUCCUUCUCCAACCUGCACUCCUGCUGCCCGAGCAGCUCCGAGCUCAACAGCGACGCCGAGGAGGCGGUGGUGGCGGGGGCCUCCUCGGGGGGCCCGGCCCCGGAGCCUGAAGGGGAGAGGCCGGCGGCGGGCUCCCAGCUCCUGUCGGCCUCCAAGGAGCGCUUCCCGGGCCAGUCGGUCUAUCACAUCAAGUGGGUCCGCUGGAAGGCGGAGAACACGCCCGUCAUCACUCAGAACGAGAACGGGCCCUGCCCGUUGCUGGCCAUCAUGAACGUGCUGCUGCUGGCGUGGAAGAUUAAGCUGCCACCCAUGAUGGAAAUCAUAACGGCUGAACAGCUGAUGGAAUACUUAGGAGACUAUAUUCUUGAUGCAAAGCCUAAAGAGAUAUCUGAAAUUCAGCGUCUAAAUUAUGAGCAGAAUAUGAGUGAUGCAAUGGCGAUUCUACAUAAGUUACAGACGGGUCUGGAUGUCAACGUGAAGUUUACAGGUGUACGAGUAUUUGAAUACACACCUGAAUGCAUAGUGUUUGAUCUUCUUGAUAUCCCCUUGUACCAUGGAUGGUUAGUGGACCCUCAGGUUGCUGACAUAGUAAAAGCAGUUGGUAACUGCAGUUACAAUCAGCUAGUGGAGAAGAUAAUUUCUUGUAAACAGUCAGACAACAGUGAACUGGUUAGUGAAGGAUUUGUAGCUGAGCAAUUUCUAAAUAACACAGCUACACAGUUGACAUACCAUGGACUCUGUGAGUUGACUUCAGCUGUCCAGGAGGGAGAGCUUUGUGUGUUCUUCAGGAACAACCAUUUUAGCACCAUGACCAAAUACAAGGGUCAGCUUUACCUGCUGGUGACAGACCAGGGCUUUCUUACAGAAGAGAAAGUUGUCUGGGAAAGCUUACACAAUGUGGAUGGUGAUGGAAAUUUCUGUGAUUCUGAAUUCCACCUACGGCCUCCAUCAGACCCUGAAACUGUCUACAGAGGGCAGCAGGAUCAAAUAGAUCAAGAUUAUCUGAUGGCAUUGUCUCUACAACAAGAGCAGCAAAAUCAAGAGAUUAACUGGGAACAGAUCCCAGAAGGAAUCAGUGAUCUAGAGCUAGCGAAGAAGCUCCAGGAAGAGGAGGACAGGAGAGCUUCUCAGUACUAUCAGGAACAAGAACAAGCAGCUGCUCAGGUCCAGCAGGUGCAAGGCGCUGCUUCUCCAGCAAGCGGAAGACAAUCUGGGAGUAAUGAACGCAAACGUAAAGAGCCUCGAGAGAAAGAGAGAGAAAAAGAGAAGAAUAGCUGUGUUCUCUUGUAAUAGAAAAUGGAUUUAGUCUGGAGCCCAAGUGCAUGUCCUCAGAAGCAAAAACAAGGAGUAAAAAGGAAGACAAACCUGUUACAUGCCGCCUGUGCCUGAUUACCCCAUGGAUUUUGUUCAUGUUUCAAGAGAGGAUGGGUGACUUUGUUACAAUCAUACAGACUUUCUUCAAAGUCAUAGUGCGUGCUGCUCAAGAUGGAAUUCCAAAUCACAGUUGGAUACGGCUGUGCUUUGAGUUAUUCAUAAGAAAUACUGCACCUUGUAGCUGAACACACAAAUCAUGGCAAGUUUUGUGUCAUAGUGACAUCCAUUACUCAUUACAUCAGUUAGUAAGCUAUUUUAUCUUCUACUCUAAACAACGGAGGUAAUUAAUUUUGUGUAAGACUUUUUCCUGAAGUCUGUACACUAGCACAACAGAGUUCUGUGUUACUUAUAUGGUAUGAAACUAUAUCUUAGGCUGGGUAUAGUCUUCACGACACAAGAGCCCAAAUAACAGCUGGGCACUGCCUCCUCAAUGUGUCCAGAUUUCUUUGCUUCUGGAUCUGCAGCCUAACUUCUUCAAAUUAAUGUGAUGGAGGAUCACCAACAUAAUGACUUAUCUACUUUAAGCAGAUCAGAAAAUAUUCCAGUAGUGUCAAUAACGAAGACUUUAAGCCAGAAUGUUGUUUAAAAACAUUCUGUUACUAAGAUUUUUCCAAAUUUGUGUAUUUACAUUUAUUUAUUGACCUUGAAAAAUAAAUAUGUCAAGCUAAGUGUUUGUUAUCUUAUUAUUUUCAGUGACAGUAUUGCCACUUUAAAUUCCUUUUUGAACAAAUCUAGCUGGAGCAGGCAUUGUGGCUACAGAGUAUAUCUUUUUGCCUAAGAUACUUGUAUUAGAAGAAUUCAUGUAACAUUUCCAGUUUCAGACAGAUGUGCCUGAAAUCUAAUAUACUGUAGUUACGGUAAUAUUGUCAUUUAGUCACAAAGGAAGAAGAGUUAAAUGUCAAUGCUCAUUAUGAGGUUUAAACUCCCAGAUAAUUCAGUUUCUCUUUCAAUAAAGGAGUAAAAGGUUUCAGGUUUUUUUGAGAUCGCAGGCAUGCUAUUCAAACAGUUUUCUGUUAAUAUCCUUUUUUCUUUACAGGUCUUGAAGCUUUGGAAAAAGGUAAAGAAUUCCUGAAAUCUAGGGCAUUGUUCUGCACGAGUUGAGCUUGUUAGUAGCAAAAGUUAUAAGCAGAUGAGCUUGUUAAUAUCCAAAAUGAAAUACAUCUGGAAACUUAAUUGAUAACCUGCUGUGACUAAUCUUGCAAAAGCAACUAUCACAGCUGAUCUCUAUGACAGUAUCUGAUGAUCAAAAAAAAGGAACAGAAUUGCUUUUAUCUCUAAUAGUGAGCUUGGAAAACAAUACUACAAGAUAUUCAUGGAGUAUCAAAAAGACGAUGUCUACUUCUGACUAUUUACUUCAUUUGCCUCUUUUUUGAAGCUCAUGUUCUGGUGUAAGGGUACAGAUUUAGACUUUAAAUCUGUUUAUACAAUUUAGCAUGCACAUGCUCCAAAUACCUACAUAAUAUAUAUGAAAGUGUCCAGAAAAGUAGAGUAGAACUUGUUUUCCACUAGAUAAAAGCUAGCACAGAAAACAGAAUCAUAGAAUUUUUGUUGUUGCAUAGUAGUUGUGAAAUUAAAAAAGCUAAAUACAAGUAUUCUUAAAAUUAGCGAAAAAAUGAGCACUGCCAUAGUGAUAAAUGUUUUUCUAAAAGGCACUUUGUAAAUGCUCAAAUAUACCACUUUUCUUGUGACACUCAAAUGGAAUCUGUGACCCAACAAAGCAGAUCCAAUGGAAGACUGUAACACCAGAGGAUGAAAUUAGCAUUCCUGAAAUUCACUUAAAUACAAUGCAAAAAAUAUAUUUUGUAUCUAGCCAUCUAGUUAAUAUAAUAAAGUAUGUGUUCAGAUUGUCUUUACAGAGCUCUUCUUGUGGAUCACAGGCACACAAGUUAAAAGUGAAGCAUAUGCUCUUCUGUGUACACUUGCGUUGAAUUGCCAGUCAAUCUCUACACUCAUUUGGUAUUUCACGUUAUUGUCAAAUGUUUCCUCAAACUUGUAUAUACAAGUUCUUGAAAAAAUUUUCCAGUAUGUAAUAAAAGGCAAUUUGAGUUCUUGAAAUUGAAUCUUUUGGUGUAUUCAGCAGGAAAUACUUGAGUAAAAGGUGAAGCUGAUGUACUUUGAACCUUUGUUCUUUCCUGCUACAAUAGAUCUAUAACCCAAAGCUAGCUCAUUGCUUCGAUGAGCUUUCCUACCAUUAGGAUGCUUAUCAUAGUCAAUUGCUGAAGUUUAUAGAAAGCACAUCUAAAUACAACAUACUGAAUUAAGAGCUGUAUUUAUUUUAUAUAAAAGUAGACUUUUUUUAAGGUUGUAACCUUAAGAAGCAGGUGACUCAGGAAAUGCAAGUUAAUUGAUGCAGUAUCCUCAUUAGAAAGCAUGUUAGAGAAAAGCAAAAAUAACAAGCCUUAGUUCGGUUGCAAUAUAAUGCUUACAUUUUUUUGCACCAGUGUUAUGAUAACAAGACCUUGGUAACAAGAAAAAUGUAACACUGAAAAACGUUCAGAUAGUCCAAUGAUAGCAGAUGUCACAUGCAAGAACUUAAGACAUAUGCAUUUUAUCUUGUGAUUCAGUGCAGUUACUUUUUUUUUUAAGCAUAACUAGCAACAGACUGCUAGCAGUGUUGGGUUUGAGUGGGAAUAUUUGGUGAGAUGAAUGACACUUUCUCAUACAAAAUCAUUCAUACAGAAGUCUACCGGAUGUUAAUUUCCAUAGUGUUUCCACAUAGGUCCUUCUUGUUCACAGCCUGUUAGAGUUGUUGAGUAGAAAAGCAAUGUAUUUAAGCUCAACUGUCAUCUGCUCUGCUGGGGAAGAAGUGCCAUAGGGAAAUGCUGAGGAGGAAGGACAGGCUGGAACAUAAAAGUCCACCUCUUGAGGUUGUUUAGGGAUUUUUUCCUUAAUUUUGCUGUUAUUUUAGACAUAAAUAGCUGUAGCACAGCAUGCAGUGGCCAAAUCUUCUCAUCUAGGCAAUGACCAGCAUGCUUAUUUCAUAGUGGGUUCGCAGUGUCUGUCCCUGUAUGCACUGUUUGUCACUCUCAUAAUGCUUCUAGGUCAAGACUAGCUGUUCUGACCCUCUAAUAUCUCUGGUUUUAUUAACUGUCAGUUGUCUACUGUUCAAUUUUGGUCAUUAUGCCAGCUCUAUCACUAUGAGCUCUCUUUACCUGGAGAGUUAGCUCUAGAGAAAUUGCUGAAACCUGGAAGUUCUUUACUGCCUUUACAGUUCCUUUUCUGGUUUGUAGGAUUACUUGUGCUCAUGGAGAAGCUUCAUGUGCUGAAAUGAGCAAUUGCUUGUUUUUUGAGGUUAAGAACUUUUAACUAUCUAUCUAGUUAAUCAUCUUUAGAAGUUAAGAUCCCAUGUUUACCUCUACUUGACAGUAUAGAAAAAUUUUCAACAAAAUGUUGUUAGGUUUGGAAAAUCCAUAGGGGACAAUUCAGAUAAGUUUCAGUACUCAACUGAAAAGUUUGCUAGCUUAGUAUAAACAGUAUGCUUACAAAAUAACUUAUUGUAACAAUAUGAUGAAAAUAAAGGUGUCUCUUUCUCUAAAUGUAAUCUGUUGAUGAAACAUGAAAUAAGGCACUGCAAGUGCUUUCAUCACUAGUUGAGUCACGCGUUUAAGGAAGCACGUGGUGGUGGUGUGGCUAACAGUCGUGCUGGGGCCAAAAGUGCGUGAAAUAUGAUUGUCUGAUAUAGUCAAACACUAAGCUAAAUAUAUAUAGAUCUUGGGGGUGGACAGGAGCACAAACUUAUGUAAGUUUUAUAUCACUUUAACUAUAAUCUCUUGAGAACUGUCCUUUAGUGCUGACCCAAUUUCAGUUUAGGUCCCAUCCGGCUUAAGUGAUACUGAUUGUGAAACUCAUAAAUAUGGGAAGUGAUCUACCAGUGUCUCAUGAGACUUUAGCUCAGACAAACUUAAGAUUCUCCAUCACAGAGCUGGAUGAAGUAAUGUGAUACUUGGUCUGUCUCAACUUGAAGUUCAUGUUCUCUUUUCUUGUUGAAGCUGUUAGUCAAACUUGCACAGGCUUUCUGAGUUAAGACUUCAGCUGUAGCUUUUCAAAAUUAAGAUUAUGCUAAAUGGUCUUGAAAAUUUCACCUGACAUAGUUUAGCAUUUUUAGAUUUUUUUCUAAAUGUGUUUCAGAAGAAGCUGGGAUAACUGGUAUUAUGCCUGAAACCUUCUGUUGACUUUUGUUCUAGUUCACUGGCACAUACCAAGGAAAGGGUCAAAAUUGCUAUUAGAAGAAACACCAGUGUGUUAAUAAACUUAAAUCAGCUGAGUAAUGGGUAGAUCCUUGGGUUUUGUCAUGUCUUGUUUUGGGGAACUCCAAAAUAAUAAUAUGUAAAUUGACAAAUUUCUUCCCCUUCAUAUGAACUGGCCCAGUCUAGUCAUUAAUAUUUGCAUUGAGUAUUUUUUCUUAAGGCUUGUUUAUGUGGUCCAGACUGUAAAGCUGAUGAUGAGUUAAUGUUUAUGCUUAUAAUCUAGUAAACACUGCUGAGCAUUCAGAUACUGACACUUCCGCCUUGAGACACAGAAAUAACACUGACAAAAAUCAGUAUUUACACUUAGCAACUCUGAUGCUUUUAAAUACAAGAGCUGUAGAACAGUUAAAGGAAAGAUCUUUUUACCAUCGCCAAAAAAUGUUUUGGCGAUGGUAAAUUAUAAAAUUUAAUGGAAACUAUAAAAUCAGAUGUAAGAAAACAUUAGUGCUGUUAUACAUUGCAUCUCAAUGAAUACAGAAUAGGCAGAAGUUUUACGAGAUGAGCUGUGUUAGCCAGCUACUGCUGAAAGGCAGUCUGAUUUGGCGUCCCAAUUCCUUUACUGUAAAUUCAUGCAGCUCACAAAAACAUAGUAUAGUUUAACUAGACAUAACCAUGCAAUCUUUAUCUAGGUAAUGCUAACAAUUUUAAUACUGAGGACAUGAUGAUAUGGACUUCUCAAUGUAUGAAUUCCAAGUACAUGUUGUCAUUAAGUCCAUAUUAUAAUUCAUUAUAUGUGCCAGCUAUAAUAAAGGUAGCAUGAUUAUUUCUGUCCAUGCUAUAAAUGCACUUACUUUCUCUGAAAGAAAUACAAAAAAUUAGAUGACUGCUUUCUUAACAGACUUUGAACCUACCUUGAAAUGUUCUUUGUAAUACUGUCUUUUUCAGUCUUGGGAAAUUAAAGAAUGCAUAAAAAUUUCUGUAGAAAUGUAAUGAUUUGACACAAAGUUUUU